AUGACCGAUGAAGAUGCUCACAAUAGCUUGGGUUCUAAUACUGAGUUCAUCAUACAAACGCGAUCAAGAAGGUCUAAUGCUGGUAAUAAAUUACAAAAAUUACUGGAGCAGGAGCUGAGAGAUAUAGAAUCGACCAAAAGACAACUUUCUUCAUAUAAUAAGCACGAUGAUGAUGAUCAAGACGAGAUAGGAUUAUUAUUUCAGGAAGACGAUGAUGAUGAUGAUUUUGAAAUAACGGAAAAAGAUGAUAAUGAUGUAAAAGAAGACAAUGAGACUGCAAAUAUAACAGAAGAGCCAUUUAAAGUUCCAGGUAAGCAAGCAACUGAUGAUUUAAUGUUUAGCAGCAGUGAAUCCGAAGAUUCCAAUAACGAAGAUGAUGAUGAGGAGGAGGAAAAGGAAUUACGAAGACAAGAACUACUAUCAAGAAAGAAGAGAAACAAGAAAUUACAAAAGGGGCCUGUAAUAAUUAAAAAACAAAAGCCCAAAUCUGAGCCAGUGAAGAAAGUGACGGCAUCAAGAUCACACCAUAGUCAUGAGCAAUUGAACGCAGAGACUUUAUUAUUAAACACGAGAAGGACCUCUAAAAGAUCGUCAGUAAUGAAAAAUACAAUGAAAGUCUACGAGAAAUUGUCUAAAGCAGAAAAAAAGAGGAAAAUCAUACAAGAAAGGAUAAGAAAACACAAAGAAAAAGAGUCACAGUAUAUUUUAACACAAGAAGAGAGAUUAAGAAUUGCAAAGGAGACUGAGAAGCUGAAUAUUUUGUCACUAGAUAAAUUCAAGGAGCAAGAAGUUUGGAAAAAAGAGAAUCGUUUAGCAUUGCAGAAAAGACAAAAACUGAAAUUUCAGCCAAAUGAAACCAUACUCCAGAUUUUAUCUACCACAUGGCUAAUGACGCCGUCAAUGGAAGUAGAUGAUCGUAAGUACUGGCAAGAACAACUGGAUAAGCGUGACAAAAAAAAAAAGAAAUAUCCCAGAAAGCCAAGGAAGAACUCUAAUCUCUGCCAACAAGAUGCAUCAAACAAUAAAAAAGAAGGAAGUGAAGGAUCAAUAGGUGACAACAAUAGUGUAAAGCCUACUGAAGAGAAUUUUUCGAUUGUACGUAAUCAAGAAGCGACUACCACUAAUGAGACUUCUUCUAGUAAUGAAAUAGUUGUAGAAAAAUUUAUUUCGGAUGAAGCGGUAACUACUAUAAAUCUUGAAGGAUUGAAGUCAAAACCCUUAUUCAAUGUUACUUCAAACGAAUCUGCAAACGAGCAAAAUUCUGUUGAUGAGGCUUUCAACGACCAAUCCCCAAAAGAAAUAUUACCUACUGUGCAUAAUACUACAUGUGUAGAUGAAGUGUUGCAAAAUUUCCCAAAUAAAGGAAUAAAAAAUAAACUGACAAAUACUCCAGAGAGCAAGGGAAGUCUUUUUAAAGGAUUUUCUCCUGGUGAUAACACUGUCUCACAAAAUGAUACGUUAGUGAUAUCUCCGGCAACAAAUGCUGCUGGCGUUGAAAAUACUAUGUCAAUCUCUAUUAAUACCGGUAUGGAGGAAGAUAUUAAAUCUGGUGGUGUAAAAAAUGAGGACCCCAUGAAUUUAUCUGAUACUAUAUCACAAGAGGUCAAGAGCAAUACUGAUAGUCCUGCCUUGAAACAAGUUACAUUCACUGAUGCUCCACAAGUGGACAUUAUUGAUACGGAAGAGUCACCUUCAAAAAAAAACAUCAUUAACAUCGACGAACCUUCCAUGGAAAAUUCUUUACCAACACCGAUCUACGAGGGCCCUGAACAAUUAACCUCUAGAACCUUUAUCACACUUUAUGAUUUCCCUAAUACGGCGCCUGAUUUGAAGGAUGUUAAUGCGAACCUAUUUGGCUCUCAAUGGUCUAACUCAAAUGCAUUAUCCACCACUCAGCGUCCGCAGGAUAUAAAAACUGUUUUCCAUUCCAUUUUACCAUCUCCGUCCCAAUCAUCAGUACCCUCACCUAAUGUAAAUAUGUCGCUUGAUUUAUCAGUUCUAGACAAUUUUCCAUCUUUUGGUGAAUACGAUAAGAAAAUUGUUCAUCAAAUAAGCACAGAGACAAAUAAGGAUUUGGAAAUUAAAAUUAAAACGCAACCUCCAACCGGUGUUUUCUUAGCCAACGGAAUAAGAAAAAAAUGUUUAAUAACAAAUAAAGAAUGCCAGUACUUUGAUCCUAGAACUGGUGUACCAUAUUCUGAUGUGGAAGCCUAUAAAAUUAUUCAACAAAUUCAAGACGCCAUUUCCAAGGAAGAGGAAAGAACAGAUAGUAAGAUUGGUGAAACGGAGAAUGAGGAUAGUGCGGAUCAAGCAAGGUUCAAAUGGUUUGGAUUCAAAAAUGGUGGGAUAUACCUUGAUUUAGAUCAAAAACCUGCGAAGGGUGUGCCCGAGGGAUUCUAA